UCUCACUCUACAUUGGACCGUGCCCGCUGGCGGCGCGAAGGUAAAGUUCGCUCUGGAGGCGGACGGCGGCUCGAACGCCGCCAGCGGCUGGAUGUCCGUCGGAUUUUCAUCGGACGGUGAUAUGGUGCCCGCCGACGCUGUGAUCGGGAAUACGGGCGGCACGGGGGUGUACGCGUAUCGUAUCUCGGGAUACGAUCGAUCCGACGUGGCGCGAACCACUUCGUUCACGAUCUACGCGCCGGGGUUAACUACCACGUCAGCGAAGACGAUAAUGACCUUCACUCGGUCCACGUCAGACGGGAGUGUGAGCGUCAACCCGACCGGCUCGAACAAGCUCAUCUGGGCCUUCUCCUCCUCGGGCUCCAAGACCCUCGCCUACCAUGGCGGCAAGUACGGAAGAACCACCGUUGACUUCUCGUGCUCCUCCACGUCAUCCGGCUCGGGAUCAGGCUCGGGGUCUGGUUCGGGGUCUGGUUCGGGAUCAGGCUCGACGGGCAACGCCUGCGCCAAGUCGACCCUGACUGGAUACUCCUACCAAACGCCGUUGAACGGCAACAGCCUGCUUCUGCAUUGGAAUAAGGCGCGUGCCAACGGAGCAGUGACAAUGGCAGUAGAGGCCAAGUCAGGAGCAGCCAAGUCCGGAUGGCUGUCCCUCGCCUGGACCAAGAGCGGCAAGAUGGCUCCUGCUGACGCUGUUUUCGGGAAUUUAGCGGGCGGCAAAGUGGGCGCGUACGAGAUCAAUGGGUACACUGUAUCCUCGAUACAGCCCGCCUCGUUUUGGAUCGGGCAGACCCCGCAAACGGUCACUUCAGCCUCUAGGUCAACUGUGGUCAACUGUGGUCAACUGUGGUCAGCUGUGGUCAAGUUCGCUCGCAAGCAUUCCACUGGGUCUGUCUCGCGCUUCCUGGCUUAUAACAAGAACAGCCUCAUGUGGGCCUACUCCCCCUCGGGCUCUAAGAGCAUGGCCUACCAUGGCGGCGCAUAUGGACGAAUCACCGUGGACUUCUCUUGCAAGACUGCUGCUACUGGUGGGGGCAAAGGAGGGGGUGAUGAUGACGACGAUGACGACGAUGACGAUGACGAUGACCAUGACAGGAACCGCCGCGGUCGCGAGCGCCACCGCCGCUGGCACCAGGGGUAG